CAGGUUUUCUUCUUGCGGUUUCGAGUUCGUCUGUCCGUCCAGCCACGAACCUGUCUGAUGGUGCGCUGUUCCGUCGUACUGUGAAAACUUCUGUACCAAGAAUUCUUGCCAUUGCCGUUCGCGUCAGGUGGAGGUUAAAGUUAAAGUUGUUGCUAGUGGAUUUCAGGUGUGAAAUUGACAGUGUACUUUAUUCCCAUGCAGGGUUGGUGUGUUAUUUAAUCAAAAACUAUCAGUCAACGAGUUUUUAUUCUUUGGUUAAGUUUGAGAACAGUAGGGUGUGAACAAGAAGAAGCAAAAAAAGACGAAAAAACAGCAAACUCAGGGCCUCCGACAGGUCGCGGUCGUUGUAGCUCAGUUUCGGCUCAGUGCUGUGCUGUGUGUGGUGAGAAUAUACCUUAGCGAGCAAAGGCAAGUAUUAGUUCGAGACUUUGAGUGUGUUUUGUGUGUAAUAUGGCGAGAUCGAUCGAUGAGGAGUCCGUACUACCGUUGCUUGCCUGAGAGGAUUGCCAGCUCACGUCAAACCUGCAGCUAGCAAGUUUCAGCAGUAGCUAGCCGGAAGGCCGAGAGCAUCCGGAAGCAGAAGAGAGAAAAAAACACGGAAAAGAAAUAACCAACAAGUGAUUCUUACCAGUCGUGUCGUUAUAGGCAGCCGUGCUGGGUUGUACCACCGCGCUUUUCCCAUUUUUCAUAAUCGUUGCCUUGCCGGCUAUCUCUCCGGAGUGUCGAUCGUGUUCAAAUCGUGCCUCAAUCGACGAGCGUGACCGUGCGCCACCGCCAACGGAAGGGCAGGCUCACACUAAUCUAGCUAAACCCGACAAACGAACUGAUUAUCGAGUCUCGGAGAAGUAGAGAAGACGGGUAGAACAGACUCGUACCGAGUCGCCACCGUGGCACCGCUGAAGGAUGACAACCUCACCGCUGACGGUCAGCUUAAGACAAGACGCAAAAUGCCACCAAAGAAGAAAGGAGAUAAUUUGGAUGACCUGAAGCAGGAGUUGGAUAUUGAUUUUCAUAAAAUCACACCAGAAGAACUGUACCAGCGGCUACAGACGCACCCAGAAAAUGGUCUCAGCCAUGCGAAAGCAAAGGAAAAUCUAGAGCGAGAUGGACCAAACGCACUUACCCCACCUAGACAGACACCCGAAUGGGUCAAGUUCUGCAAGAAUCUCUUCGGUGGCUUCGCUAUGCUACUGUGGAUCGGCGCUGUCCUCUGCUUCGUCGCCUACUCGAUUCAGGCCAGUACCGUCGAGGAGCCGGCUGACGAUAACCUGUACCUUGGCAUUGUGCUGUCCGCUGUCGUGAUAGUUACCGGUAUCUUCUCAUAUUAUCAGGAAUCGAAAAGUUCAAAGAUUAUGGAGUCUUUCAAGAACAUGGUGCCCCAAUUUGCCACCGUACUGCGUGAAGGCGAGAAGCUGACGCUGCGCGCCGAGGAUCUCGUAAUCGGUGACGUCGUUGAGGUCAAGUUUGGCGACAGGAUACCCGCUGAUAUUCGCAUCAUCGAAGCCCGCAGUUUCAAGGUUGACAAUUCGUCCCUUACCGGCGAGUCCGAACCCCAGUCGCGCGGUCCCGAAUUCACCCACGAUAAUCCACUGGAAACCAAGAAUCUGGCCUUCUUCUCGACCAAUGCCGUCGAAGGUACCGCCAAGGGUGUCGUCAUCAGCUGCGGCGAUCACACCGUGAUGGGACGUAUUGCCGGUCUCGCUUCCGGUCUGGACACCGGCGAGACUCCGAUCGCCAAGGAAAUUCACCAUUUCAUUCACAUCAUUACCGGCGUGGCUGUGUUCCUCGGUGUCACCUUCUUCGUGAUUGCUUUCAUCCUCGGCUACCACUGGCUGGAUGCUGUCAUCUUCCUGAUCGGUAUCAUCGUCGCCAACGUACCGGAAGGUUUGCUCGCCACCGUCACCGUAUGUUUGACCCUGACUGCCAAGCGUAUGGCAUCGAAGAAUUGUCUGGUCAAGAAUUUGGAAGCCGUAGAAACCCUCGGUUCGACCUCGACCAUUUGCUCCGAUAAGACCGGUACACUUACCCAGAACCGUAUGACAGUCGCUCACAUGUGGUUCGAUAAUCAAAUCAUCGAAGCCGAUACCACUGAGGAUCAGAGUGGCGUUCAGUAUGAUCGUACUAGCCCCGGAUUCAAGGCCCUGUCCCGAAUUGCUUCGCUGUGCAACCGCGCCGAAUUCAAGGGAGGUCAAGAUGGUGUUCCAAUUCUGAAGAAGGAAGUUAGCGGUGACGCUUCGGAAGCUGCUUUGCUGAAAUGUAUGGAGUUGGCACUCGGAGACAUUCUGAGCAUCCGUAAGCGCAACAAGAAGGUCUGUGAAAUUCCGUUCAAUUCAACCAACAAGUACCAAGUAUCGAUCCACGAAACUGAGGACCCUAGCGAUCCGCGCUAUCUGCUGGUCAUGAAGGGUGCCCCCGAACGUAUCCUGGAACGCUGCUCGACUAUCUUCAUCAACGGCAAGGAGAAGCUGAUGGACGAAGAGAUGAAGGAAGCCUUCAACAAUGCCUACCUGGAGCUGGGAGGUCUCGGAGAACGUGUGCUCGGAUUCUGCGAUUUCAUGCUGCCAUCGGAUAAAUUUCCCCACGGUUUCAAAUUCAAUGCGGACGAUGUGAACUUCCCCGUCGAGAACCUGCGCUUCGUCGGCCUCAUGUCCAUGAUUGACCCUCCACGUGCCGCAGUACCAGAUGCCGUCGCUAAGUGCCGCUCUGCCGGUAUCAAGGUUAUCAUGGUCACUGGUGAUCACCCAAUUACUGCCAAGGCUAUUGCCAAAUCGGUGGGUAUUAUUUCGGAGGGUAACGAAACCGUUGAAGACAUUGCUCAGCGUCUCAACAUUCCGGUUUCGGAGGUUAAUCCACGUGAGGCUAAGGCCGCCGUUGUGCAUGGUUCAGAACUGCGUGAUCUGUCCGGGGAACAGCUUGAUGAGAUUCUACGCUACCAUACGGAAAUUGUGUUCGCUCGUACCUCACCGCAGCAGAAGCUGAUCAUCGUUGAAGGUUGCCAGCGACUGGGUGCCAUUGUUGCCGUAACUGGUGACGGUGUGAACGAUUCACCUGCUCUCAAGAAGGCCGAUAUCGGUGUUGCCAUGGGUAUCGCCGGUUCCGACGUGUCCAAACAGGCCGCCGACAUGAUCUUGCUGGACGACAACUUCGCUUCCAUCGUUACCGGCGUGGAGGAGGGCCGUCUGAUUUUCGACAACCUGAAGAAGUCGAUCGCGUACACGCUGACAUCCAACAUUCCGGAGAUCUCGCCCUUCCUGGCGUUCAUCCUGUGCGACAUUCCGCUCCCGCUCGGUACCGUCACCAUUCUGUGCAUCGAUCUGGGAACUGACAUGGUCCCUGCCAUUUCGCUAGCCUAUGAGGAAGCCGAGUCCGAUAUCAUGAAACGUCAGCCCCGAAAUCCGUUCACUGAUAAAUUGGUCAAUGAAAGACUUAUUUCGAUGGCCUACGGUCAAAUCGGUAUGAUUCAAGCCGCUGCCGGUUUCUUCGUGUACUUCGUCAUUAUGGCCGAGAAUGGAUUCUUGCCACUGAAACUGUUCGGCAUCCGCAAGCACUGGGAUUCGAAGGCCGUCAACGAUCUGACCGAUUCGUACGGACAGGAAUGGACCUACCGUGACCGCAAGACGCUCGAGUUCACCUGUCACACUGCGUUCUUCGUGUCCAUUGUCAUUGUCCAGUGGGCUGAUUUGAUCAUUUGUAAGACCCGCCGUAACUCGAUCCUUCACCAGGGCAUGAGAAAUUGGGCGCUCAACUUCGGUAUCGUGUUCGAGACGAUUCUAGCCGCCAUCCUGUCGUACACGCCCGGCAUGGACAAGGGCCUGCGCAUGUUCCCACUCAAAUUCGUCUGGUGGCUGCCAGCCUUGCCGUUCAGCUUGUCCAUCUUUGUGUACGAUGAAAUCCGUCGUUUCUAUUUGAGACGCAAUCCGGGUGGCUGGUUAGAACAAGAGACGUACUACUAGGUCAACAAAUUUAUAUUUAAAAAGAUUAAUUAAAGAAGAAAAACUGAGAAAAGAAGGUAAAAACAACAGUGAAAAUAACAAAAAAUGAGCAUAAAAAAGUAAUUAUAUUUUUUUAAUUAUUAAAUUUAUAUAAAGUUAUAAAUUAUGAUUUCCAACAACACACACACACACGAAAAAAAAGCAAAAAGAUAAACAUAGUAAAGAAAAUCGUGAAGAUUAUAAGAAGCAGUAUCUCCCGUCCUCAUCAAGUCAAAGUCCCCUCGCACCUCCGCAUCACUGUCACAUAUGCACAAAACAAACACACACAGCGACUUCGCCACCCCCACGCCCCGUCCCGCAGCCACCUGACCCCACCCCCCGCGUGUAUCAACGUAUGCAAAAGCAAAACAAUAGAAGUCUUGACACUAACACACGUUCUCUUGUACGACAAAACAGAUGCCAUAUAUUAAGCGUGCCUAACGAAACGCUAGCGAUGUGUUCGUAGUCACUGUCGCAAACAAAAAACACACACACACACAGUUACACAAGUACAGCAGUCAAACACACACAGACACCCACAGCAAUUACGCAUUUUUUUCGGAGCCGCUCUAGCCGUUACAUAAAUUGCGUGUGUGGUAGUUUUUAACUGGCAUAAAAGACAUGCGAAAGAAGAAGAAAAAAUCGGAGAGUAGAAACUAAAACAAUGCCAAUAAGUAGAUAUGUGUGCAUUAUCUUCAUUACUAUUUUCGGCACCUGCGUUCGCGCUUUCCAUGAACGCGCACACACUCACCCGAAGCAAACCCCGAGAUAUCAUCACCGCGCGACAAUGACACACUCACACACACACACACAGAGACGGACAGUCGAAAAAAAGGAAAAAAAACCUGUACACACACGCUCAGUAAUGCACGUCUUCCCAUAUCUGUCCUAUCUACUUCUCAAUUCUCUUGCUGUCUUGCUGUGCUUUCCUCUUCAUCAAAGCAUCAUCGUUUGCCACGAAUUUUCCCAAACAACCUUUCCCCCCCCCAACCCUGAUCCAGCGCAUGUUACAUGUCCUCGUAUCACUGUCCGCUAUAUUUCAUCAUUCUCUUAUUAUUAAUAAAUUAAAAUUAAAAGAAAUGAAAUCAACUCGUUGUUAGUUACAAAGCUAAUUUAAAAAAUUUAAACAUAAUGAUGAAACUCUAGUAGUAGUGAGAAGAAUCAACAAAGAACUAAAAUUUAGUAGAAGAAACUAAGAAAAAAAACAAGGAUAAGCGCAAGGAAAAAUUGUUAACGAAAGAAGUGAAUAUAUUAGAAGAGAAUAAAAGUUGUUUUAAUGAUUGUUUUAAGUCCUCACUCGUACUGUGUCCCAUCCUAGAAUAAAGCAAAACCCCAACCCCCAAGUGUUCUGUUGCAUUUCACCUAUCGAUUCUAUCGUUUCGGUAAUCCCUAAAGUUCCCUCUUCCGUCCUUGUUUUGUGUUCCGUUGCAACCCCGCCCACACGAACGAAUGUUGUAUAUUAUUUCUGUCUUUGGUUCAUUCCUUCCUUCCUUCCUGUGCUCGUUAGAGAGCACGAUGUUUGCAGCCGAUCAGGCUUCGGCUGAGCCACCCAUGUUGUCAUGUUGGCAGUCUGCUGCAGUUCGGCCUGGCCUGAUCGGCCUGAUACUCCCGACCGACGCGACGGCCCGCGACCCCCUUCACUCACUGCGAACGGUGACGCGAUAACGCGGAGCGCGGCGUUGGUCGAUUUUUAAGAAGUAAAAAAACAUUAAUGAACAAGCUCUUAUUUAUUAGUGCAGUAUGAAACACAAGCGAAAAUUGUUGAUUUUUAGCAGAUAUAAAGCAACAAUUUCAAACAAAACGAAAAUUGAAAAAGUAUAAAAACAACACAAGGAGCUGAAAAAUCCAAGCGUCUAAUAAAAAAUAGGAAGCAGAAAAAGUAAGCAACGCGUCACAUAAAACUGCCCGAUUGUUGUAAACUAAUUAAAAACAAGAAAAACAGCAUAAGAAAAAGUAUUUCAGCAAGAGGAAAACAAACCCAUUUAAAUGUAAAGUGAAAUACCAACCGCAGAUAAAACAAGUUAGCUAAAUUUAAAAAAGCAGGCUAUUUGAAAUUAAUACCAAUAAAGGAAACAAAAAAAAAAACAAAAGAGAAAAAUCGUUAUAACAGCUGUAGAACAGAACAAACCACACAGAAUAAAAUUAAGAAUAAAGGAAACAAUAUUUCUCUUCAUCAAACCACUUUCUCACGCGCAGCAGCAGACAAAGAAAAAAAAACAAACAAAACAAAACCAACCAACCAAUGGAAGAAGGUUUAAAUAAAUUGACUUCAGCAGAAAAAAAAAGAAACGAACAACAAAACAACUAAUAAACAGAAGAAAACACACAAUACACACGCCGACUGUUUCGAUAGCAAGAACCACCAAACCAACCGAGGAUGAAAUCAGCAGAAAAACACACCGAAACAAAAAAAAAUUGUCAGAAUAAAAUCAGAACAAUAGUA